GUAGAGUGCUGGAUCAGAUUUGUGUGUUGGAUUGGAUUUGGUGUGUAGGGUUAACACAAAAAAAGGGGUGCGGUUUCAUCCAGAACUCCCCUUAUAGCGUACAGAGCAACCAAAAUACAAUCAGGAGUGCUGUUGCAUUUCGGACACACAGGAGGAUAUUUAAUUCAGAAAUCCAACCCGUGUGUGUGUGUGUGUGUGGGCUGAGAAGAUUUACAAGUCCAGCAACCGAACGGAGAGGUUUUAAUGGCGAGGAAUGACACGGAUGAAGAUGUAACAGGUAACAAGAAGACAGAAACAGGCGACUGAUGGAUCAUUGAUCAGUGAUUGAUUGAUUGAUGCUGGAGGAAUUGAGAUACAUCAUAAACAAGCACCUGGACGCGAGAUCACCUGCGGCUGGGGGUCUUAUAUAACCAGAAUUAGUGCAGGAAAUCAAAUCCGGUUUAAUACGUUUGAAGCCAGACUGUCUACCAGAUGAACGAAGGAAGGAUGCAAGGGUGACCCAGAGGACUUUCUUUCACUUGUUAUUGACUAGCUGGAAAUGACACAGUCUAAUAAGGACUUCAGAAAUCAAGAGAAGCACACAGCUCUGCUGAGGCAGUCCCAUUAGGAUCUGUCAAGCAAUGCUGCCUCGGAAAAACGUACAGCUCAAUUCGAGUAAUUAACGGAUGUCAGUCAGCCUGAGAAGUCAGAAUGACAUUACCAGAGUCAGCAAAGGAUGACCAUUGCUAAAUUCUGACACAACGCUUUUCUUUUUUUUUUUUUUUUGACUUUUGUCCUUUCACUGUGCACUUAAAAAAAGAUGAAUAACAUGUUCACCAUAAAAGCAGAUGUCAUAUUUCACGCUGCGGCUCACGAAGACUCGGAGCAGUCGGUCAUUACCAAAGGGACUGACGCGGUUAUUCCAAGAGAAGUUAGUGCUUGUGUUUCCGAGACAGGAAUACUGCAAAGAUCCUGGGACAAUGCGGAAUCUGGAAAUGUACCAGAGACUUCUAAUCUUGGAAAGCGCUGCUUAGGGGCGGGAGACUAUCUGCAAGAUGGAAACUCCAGUGACAGCGGGUUUCAGGAUCACAUUCAACCAGUGGAUGCUAGCGUUAAGAAGCAGGGCGAGUCCUUGAGCAAAAAUGGAGUAAAAGAGGAGGCGAAUGGAGCCACAGCUGAGAGACCUUUACUUGGCCUGAGGUCAGAAACCAGAGGGGAAAUGGCUAAAUCUUAUGUUUAUGAGACCGAAGUCAUGAGGAGUCCAAGCGUCAUCAGUAACGUGUCCUCUCUUUCACAGGACUCUUUUUCUGACUUGAAGGAAAGCAGAUCAUUGGAACAAUCACUGGGAAAUUUAUGUUCAUUACCAGGAGCUCCACACGGACACUUUACAAACGAGUCAGUACAUGACAUAAAGCACAGCGAUAACGGGGUAAAAAAUUCCGUCUCUCUCAGAGAGAAGCCUGAUUUAGUCAUUGAAGUAGGCAGGCAGAAGGUCCAAGUACAUAAAUCAGUGCUAGCUGAAAAAAGUGACUAUUUCAAAGCCAGGCUUUCUCGAGACAUUCUGAAAGUGAAAGGUGUAAGCUACAAAACGUUAUCUGUCCUGAUAGAUUAUGUUUAUACCUCCAACAUGAAUGUGAACAAGGAUAACGUUGUGGAUGUUGUCACCGGUGCGAAAAUCCUACAGAUCCCCUGUGCAGUUCAGGCGGCAGUCGAUGCCAUGUCUUCCCAGCUCACAACACAGAACUGCUACGAGAUUCUGACCAUCGCUAAAAAACAACGACUAAGCGAACUGAAGGAGGCGGCGUACCGUUUCAUAAGCGACAACUUCCUACAGGUACUGAAAGAUCCCGCUGUUUACGGGCGUCUCACAGGCUCCGAGCGGGACCUGGUUUUGAGAAACCGUAUGGAGGGACGCAAGUGCCUGAUGGUGGCUGAGAUCAAUGACGUUUUUGAGAGAGUGGGCAGCAGGCCCCCUAGCAGAGGCAACAGCAGGCCACAGAGCCCUCUAUCUGUCGCCUCGUUUGAGGACAACCACAUGAUCUACUACUACAAUGAGAAUACCAAGGACUGGCACACGUUGACCAUAAUGCCUGAGGAUAUUAACACCAAAGGCUGUGGCAUCUGUUCCAUGUAUAACUACCUGUUUGUUGCAGGUGGCAUCCGAGGAUAUGGGGAGAAAGGAAAGGCGUCGGACAAAGUGUUCUGCUACAAUCCCAUAACAGACCGCUGGAGCGAGAUACGACCUAUGAACCAAGCGAGGUCCCAACUCAAAUUGGUGUCCAUGGAUGGCUUUUUGUAUGCCAUUGGUGGGGAAUGUCUCUUCACUGUGGAGAAGUAUGACCCUCGUAUGGACCGUUGGACGACUGUGGCUCCGCUACCCAAAGGAGCAUUUGCAGUUGCCCAUGAGGCUACCACCUGCAACGGAGAGCUGUACGUAUCGGGAGGAACUCUGUUCUACCGCCUCUUGAAGUAUGACCCCAAAAGGGACGAGUGGCAAGAAUGUCCAUACAACAACAGCAGGAAGAAAUCCACCGACAUGGUUGCUCUGAAGAGCUUCAUCUACAGGUUCGAUGUGAACCGUGAGCAAGGCAUCAACGUGUUUAAGUACAACACCAUCGUCAAGAUGUGGCACGACUGUGCCUCCUAUCAGCAAGGGAGCCCACUACCGUUCAGGUGUGCUGUGAUCGGAAACUGUAUCUACUGCGUGAACAAGACCCAGACUCUGCAGUUUAUUGUGGAGGAAGAAGGGGCUCGAUUUGCAGAGGAACCUCUGAAAGCUCCCAUGGAGGCUAAAGGAGUGUUAUUCCCAUUCAUCCUGACCUUGCCAGACAGGAGUGAUCGAAAUGUGUGAGUCUUCAUGGA